AUGGGUGAUGUAAGAAUAAAGGCAAAAGAUGGCCAAACGUAUAUUGCAGCUUCAAGAAGACCUGAUGGUACAUGGAGAAAAGAACGGAAAGUAAAAGAUGGAUAUAUUCCUCAGGAUGAACAACCUCGUUAUGAUCCAAAAUUACGCCUUAAUAGAGUUGUACGUGGAAAUGACAGUUCUUCUAUAUCAUCAGUAUUCUCACCUAGUAGUAUGAUGAAAAACAGAAUUUUAACAAAAUCUGUUUGCAAUACAAAAGUUAGUGGAGAUACUUUAACUUCUGAAAAUUGUAGUAUACCUGUUGCCGCUAUUGAAAAACCUAAUGCUUGUAUUACUGUUAAGGAUCAAUAUCAAAGAAAGGUAUUUAAUUUGCGGAAAAAGAUUAAUGAUAUCAAUUCAUUAGUUGAAAAAAUUGAUAAAGGUGAAAUAAAACCUCAGCAAAAUCAGCUUGAAAAAAUAAAAAGGAGACAAGAGAUUGAAAAUGAGAUUACAGAAUUAUUAGAUAAAAUUGAAAAAAUGUAA